AUGGCGCUCCGGACCGCGUCCGAGCUGCUCGACGCGCUCGACGCCGGCGCGAUGCCCGCGGGCGAUCGCGACGACGGCGGCGACGACGGCGAACUCGGCGGGGUCAUCUUCAUAUGCAGCCGCGAGACGUACGACGACACCACGCGCGCUGGGCUCUUCGGCCUGACGCAGGGCAGCUGGUCGUUCGUGAAGCGCAUCACCCCGGGGAUGCCGCUGUUCCUCUAUAACCUCACCGAGCGGCGCUUCCACGGCGUCUUCGAGGCGACCUCCGACGGCGCGAUGAACGCCGACCCGACCGCGUGGAAAACCUCGGGCGCGGGCGCGGGCGACGCCGCCGGUAUCGACGGCAGCCCCUACCCGGCGCAGGUGCGGUACAAGCACACGCGCGUGACGUGUUCCGCGUCCGCGGCGUCGUGCAAGCCGUUCUUGCGGUUCGCCGCGGGGGAAGCGAACGGGAAGAAGUUCCGGUUGGAUCUCACGCCGGGCGAGGCGACGCGUCUCGCGCGCGUGUUCCACGCCGGCGGCGACGCGGGCGGCGGGGCGAAGAAGGGGCUAAACGGGAAGAGCGGCGGGGGGCAUCAUCAGACCAACGGCCGCGCGGCGACGCCGACGCACGAUGUGGUGGACGGGUGGGAGACGGUCUCGUCGAAGAAGACGACGAAGAAGGGCGGCGGCGGCGGAUCAGGCGGCGGGUCGUCGCCGACGACGCGAAGGAACAACAACAACAACGGCGCCGCCGCCGACGGGAAGGACAAGAUCGCGCGCGGCGGCAAGGCUGCCGCAGGCGAGAGUUACCACCACCACCACAUCCACGCGAGCUCGAGCGCGCUCGGCGACGCCGCCGACCGCGCGAGCCCGCCGCCGCCGCCGCCGCCGCCCGGCCCGCCGAGGGCGCCGUCGGG